AUGGGCUACGUGCAGCAAGAGGAUGCACUCUUCCCACACCUCACCCCACGCGAGUCGCUGCUCUUCUCGGCUCAUCUCCGCCUGCCCUCCUCCCUGCCGCUCGCUGACAAGGUUGCUCGUGUGGACGCUCUUCUCGCCACUCUUGGUCUACAGGUAACGGGGCUGAUCACUGCGACUUUUGAGUUGACUCAAUGUAACAAGGUGAUUUUUGAAUCGCCUCAAAAGCUUGCUCGUGUGGACACUCUUCUUGCGACUCUUGGUCCACAGGUAACUGGGCUGAUCACUGCUCUGCACGCAUAUGGCUUGCCGCUGGCACAUGUAAGUGUGCUGCUCAUGGCUUGGUUGUUGGGCCUCAGAGCGAGUCGCUCCUCUUCUCGGCCCACCUCUGCCUGCCCUCCACCCUGCCCGUCGCGGACAAAGCUCGCCCGCGUGGUCGCCCUUCUCACCACCCUCGGCCUGCAGGUAAGGCGUACCAUACCCGCACGAGUAACUGGGAUGCUCGUGGUAAUAGCUGUCGCCCACACCAGAAUUGGGGCGACCAGCACAUGCAGCAGCAGGGGGAGAGGGUUGUCUGGAGGAGAGAAGAGGCGAGCAGUGGUGUUGCUGGAUGAACCCACCAGUGGGCUGCACCCACAAAAGCCCCACUUCCUCCCAGUAACUCUUACCCCCAUCCCUCUCUCCCUGCUCUCUCCCUACCCCUGCCCACCCCAGGCUGUCGCCCAUACCAGAAUCGGCAGUACGAGUGCCGGCCGCAGCAGGGGGAGGGGGCUGUCAGGAGGGGAGCGACGACGUGUGUCCAUAGGCAUGGAUUUAGCUGUCGCCCACACACGCAUCGGCAGCACAAGUGCCAGCAGCAGCAGGGGGAGGGGGUUAUCAGGAGGGGAGCGACGACGUGUGUCCAUAGGAAUGGAUUUGGUCCACAACCCAGCAGUGGUGCUGCUGGAUGAACCCACCAGUGGGCUGGACAGUGCUGCUGCUGCCAACGUGCUGGGCGUGCUGAGAGGCAUGGCCAAGGAGGGAGGGCGGACUGUGGUGCUGUCGAUACACCAGCCCAGCUUCUGCAUGCUUGAGCUCAUCGACUCCCUCCUGCUGCUCUCAAGGGGCUCCGUGCCCAGCUUCCGCAUGCUUGAGCUCAUCGACUCCCUCCUGCUGCUCUCCCUCUGUCCCUGCUCGAAGCUGGUUCCCUUCCCCACCCCCCCCGUUCCCCCACACUCUAUCCCCACCCCCCCCGUUCCCCCACACUCUAUCCCCACCCCCCCCGUUCCCCCACACUCUAUCCCCACCCCCCCCGUUCCCCCACACUCUAUCCCCACCCCCCCCGUUCCCCCACACUCUAUCCCCACCCCCCCCGUUCCCCCACACUCUAUCCCACCCCCCCCGUUCCCCCACACUCUAUCCCCACCCCCCCCGUUCCCCCACACUCUAUCCCCACCCCCCCCGUUCCCCCACACUCUAUCCCCACCCCCCCCGUUCCCCCACACUCUAUCCCCACCCCCCCCGUUCCCCCACACCCACACUCUAUCCCCACCCCCCCCGUUCCCCCACACCCACACUCUAUCCCCACCCUUACAACCCUCGCAGCCCAGCUUCCGCAUGAGAGAGCUAAUCGACUCCUGCUCUCUCGGGGCUCCGUGGUUCACUGCGGCCCUCUCUCCCUGCUCGACCUGCUUAAACAGAAAGCACGUUCCCACUCUUCCCACCUUCUCCCCCCUCCCAUACGCCUCCUCGCAGCCCAGCUUCCGCAUGUUUGAGCUCAUCGACUCCCUCCUGCUGCUCUCCCCCCACCACUCUCAGUCGCUCUGUUCUUUCCCCCACCUGCUCCCAUCCCUAACUGCUUCCCCCCCUCAGCCCAGCUUCCGCAUGCUAGAGCUCAUCGACUCCCUCCUGCUGCUCUCCCGAGGAUCUGUGGUUCACUGCGGCCCUCUCUCCCUGCUCGAGGCCCGCCUCGCUGCUGCUGGCUGCACCGUACCCAUGCGAGUCAACGCUCUCGAAUAUGCCAUGGAAGGCAUGGGGGUGAGUUGCCUCGUCACUCUCUCCUUUCUGUUCCCCUGGGGUUCACUUGGAUCAACUGUCUGGGGUUCACUUGGAUCAACUGUCUGUGGUUCACUGCGGCCCGCUCGCCUCGCUGCUGCUGGCUGCACCGUACCCAUGCGAGUCAACGCUCUCGAAUACGCCAUGGAAGGCAUGGGGGUAAGUUCCUGCCGCAACUUCAAGGCACGUUCCUUCUUUCCCAACCCAUCUCGUUCUCUUCCCUGCCAUCCCAUGUGGGAGUGGACCCCAGAGCUGUGUCUAGGGAGGGCGUCUCAGGUCGCCUUCACUGCCCUCUGCUUGGGGACUCUCUUCCUUCGCCUGCCGUCCAACCCUCAGGGGAUAGAGGAACGCAUGGGAUUCUUUGCCUUCUCUCUCGCCUUCCUGCUCACCUCGUCUGUCGAAGCCCUGCCUGUGUUUCUUGAGGAGAGGCAAAUCUUUCUCCGAGAAACGUCAAGAGGCGCUUACCGCAUAUCCUCGUAUGCCAUCGCUAGUGUGGCGGUGUUUCUGCCAUUUCUCCUGCUCCUCGCCCUCCUCUACUCCAUCCCAGCCUACCUCCUUGUCGGCCUGCACGCCUCCCUCUCCGCAUUCCUCUUCUUCCUCCUGGUCGUCUGGGCGGUGCUGAUCGUCGCCAAUGCCAUCGUCGCAUGCAUCGCGGCCAUGGCACCUGACUUUAUCACAGCUAACUCCAUGAUUGCUGGCCUCAUGGGGGCAUUCUUCCUCUUCUCAGGCUACUUCAUUGCCAAGAAGUACAUCCCUUCAUACUGGAUCUGGAUGCACUACCUGUCAGUCUUCAAGUACCCCUUGGAUGCUCUCAUAAUUAACGAGUACGGGAGCCAUAGUGACACCACCUUCGGGCUUGCAGGCACAGGAUCACAGAUUAUUGAGGCGGCAGGCUUGUCUGGGCAAUCUAAGUGGCUUGACCUACUUGUGCUAUUGGGCUUUGCAAUGACUUUCCGCAUUGCAUGCUACAUCUUCCUUCUUACACAACGAUUGGCGCAAUCAGCCUGCUCGCUAGCAGGGGUCACAAUAUUUUGCUGUGCUUUCGUAAUGGGCCUUGGACCAAUUCCCAACAUCAUCUGCUCUGAGAUAUUUCCCACCCCUGUUCGCGGCUUGUGCAUUGGUCUGUGUGGUGCUGCUAUGUGGCUGUGUAACAUUGGUGUCAGCCAGGCGUUUCCUCUACUUCAAGCAAGAUUUGGUCUUGCUGGGGUCUUUGCCAUCUUUUGCACAAUGAGCAUGAUCUCGUGGCUCUUCGUUUUCCUCAAGGUCCCAGAGACAAAGGGCUUGCCAUUGGAGUCUCUUAAAAUGGCUGCUCUCGCGAACGCCGCUGUGCUCCCGUCCACCUUCGUCGGCCAGAGCGCGGAGCUCGCCGCCAAGGUGAACAAUGUGGACGCCCGCGUGACGAUGAGGAAGACCGCCAAGGCGGCUUCCAGCAGCGCCUUCUACGGCCCCGACCGCAACCUGUUCCUGGGCCCCUUCUCCUCCCCCCCUUCGUACCUCACCGGCGAGUACCCCGGCGACUACGGCUGGGACACUGCUGGUCUGUCCGCCGACCCCGAGACGUUCGCCAAAAACCGCGAGCUGGAGGUGAUUCACGCUCGCUGGGCUCUGCUCGGCGCGCUCGGCUGCCUGACUCCCGAGCUCCUCGCCGGCAACGGCGUGAACUUCGGCGAGGCGGUGUGGUUCAAGGCCGGCGCGCAGAUCUUCUCCGAGGGUGGCCUUGACUACCUCGGCAACCCGAGCCUGAUCCACGCGCAGUCAAUCCUGGCCAUCUGGGCCACCCAGGUGAUUCUGAUGGGCGCCGUUGAGAGCUACCGCGUGGGUGGCCUUGAGGGCUUCCAAGAGGUGGAGGACCCCCUGUACCCCGGCGGUGCCUUCGACCCCCUGGGUCUGGCCGACGACCCCGACGCCCUCGCUGAGCUGAAGGUUAAGGAGCUGAAGAAUGGCCGCCUCGCCAUGGUGUCGAUGUUCGGCUUCUUCGUGCAGGCCAUCGUCACCGGCAAGGGCCCCCUGGAGAACCUGAACGACCACCUGGCCGACCCCACCGUGAACAACGCCUGGGCCUACGCCACCAACUUCACCCCCGGCGCUUAG